AUGUACACUAGUUGUCAAAGGGUAGAUAUGGGGCUUCAAACUCAUAAAAACCAACUUGUGGCUGAAAAUCGAGAAAUAGUACUUACUAUUUUUAGAGCAGUUUUAUUCUUAGCUAGACAAAAUUUAAGUUUAAGAGGACACAACGAAACGUCAACAUCUGAUAAUCAAGGAAAUUUUUUGGAGCUUGUUCAUUUAUUGGGAAUAUAUAAUCCUUAA